AUGGUUAAGUUUUUGUUGCGUCAGAAGCGUUCCGAUACAAAUGACCGAUUCUUAGAACUACUGUGCGUCUCCGCCUCGGGCCUGAUUGACCCCGCUGAUGGUACAAACACGCACCAUGACCUGAAACGAAGAAUGUGCAUCUUAAUAUACGUAAUUGAGGAUGCGCGCACGCUAUCUGCGGCGCCGGCCCUGACGGCGGUGUCAGGGGUGGCAGCAGUGUCCGCUGUGCCAGCAGUGUCUGUGACUGCUGAUGACCCGGAACGACCAUGCGCGUGCGCCGGCUGGCCGAGGCGUCAGCCACCAGUUCAUGAGAUUUUGCGUCCUAAGCCACGAAGGUGA